AUGGGAGUCACUGUGGACGUGCACCAGGUGUACAAGUACCCCUUCGAGCAGGUGGUGUCCAGCUUCCUCCGAAAGUAUCCCAACCCCAUGGAUAAAAAUGUCAUCUCUGUGAAAACUGUGGAGGAAAAAAGAGAUGUUUCAACAGGAAUCAUCUAUAGGAAGAGAAUUGCUGUCUGUCAGAAUGUGGUUCCAGAAAUUUUGAGGAAGGCUUUAAGCAUUCUGGUGAUUCUUUGUUGGAAGGAGGUGAGCAUUUUAAAGAUACCUGAUAUCCAAUUAGAAGAAGAAUCAUGGCUUAAUCCUCAGGAAAGAAGCAUGGCCAUCCAGAGUCACUGCCUUACAUGGACACAAUAUGCAUCCAUGAAGGAAGAGUCUGUCUUCCGGGAAAGUCUGGAAAAUCCAAAUUGGACGGAAUUCAUUCAAAGAGGCAGGAUUUCUAUCACCGGGGCUGGAUUUUUCAACUGCAUUUUGGAAACUUUUGCCAGUACAUUCUUAAAACAGGGUGCCCAGAAGGGGAUUAGAAUAAUGGAGAUGCUGCUGAAGGAACAGUGUGGUGCCCCCUUAGCAGAAUAA